AUAUAAAUCACACGUACACUGAUAGUUAUUGUUAGCAAGAUAACACUGGCUAGUUAACAGCUAACUUCACGAAGGCUUUUCCAUUGUAUAGUUAGUCGUUAACGUAUUAACUAGCUUGGUUACGCUCACUGGCUAGUUAAACGUUUUCUAAGCUACUAGCUGUUUCCUGAGAGGGUUAACGCUGUGUUAAUCGUAAAACACCAAACAAUGGACAAUCUUGAAACACCUUACGAUGUUGAGGCUGAAUUCAUUGAAUGCACGGUCUGUGAUAAAUCCAUAAGGGGAGAAACCUUGUACAAGAUCCAUCUGACUACACCAGGACACAUAAAGAAAGAGGACGUCAUUGUUGCUGCGGGGCUUGCAGUUAGGCAACACACCGUACCAGAUUUUAAGGACAUUUUACAAUAUCUGGAUUACUUGAAGCUUGAUGAGCCCAUCAUCGGUUUGAGCUAUUUGGACGAAGUGCCUCGUAAUGACCCACAAGCAGGACCCAGAUAUUUAUGUAGACUAUGUCAUCUGACAGCAAACCUACCAGAAAUGGUCCACCAUGUGAUUGGACGUAAACACAGGCAGAAAUACGUGGAGCUGAAACGGCCGGACUUGGUGACCUGGGAUAAACAAUCCAUAAUAACCCAAGGAGGAAAGAUCAUACGUGCCAGAGCAGAAAUAAUAGAAAGACAGGAUGGACGAGGAAAUCCAUUGCCAAUGGCAAAAAGAGGGAUUGAAGGCACGUUAAACAUCUCAAGAGUUCCCCUAAGGCAGAAGCAAAAUAGGGACGGAAGUAUCGCACAGAGUUUGACCCAACGAGAUGUCCCUUCACACUUUACAGAUGUCGAAGACUAUAAGGAUGAGUACUCUCACCAAGGGAGGUAUCCCCCAGUUUAUCCAAAUAAACCCCCUUGCCACGCAAAUGAACCUUAUAUGAGCAGAGACAGACAGAUGUGUCCACGGGAGGACAGUGUCAAGCGUGAACACAUGGAAGAGGAGCCACGCAGGGGAGAUUACAGAGUAAAUAAUAUGUACAGACGAGAAUAUAUCGACCUUGAUCAUUGUAGGGAAUACGAAGAGGAAUAUGUUGAAGAAACACAAGGAAGAGCUGCACUUGAGCCAGGUGGUGAUACCAACUAUGAUCCUAGGGAAGAGAUGCUGAUGCCCCAUGACCAGGCUCAGCAUGAAGAGUAUUACCCAGAUGAGGCUCCUCCUAACAGAAGACCCUACCCAGAAAGAGAUCCUCUGAAAGAGUUCUACUCUGAGGAAGUUAGGCGUGGGCGAGUUUGUUCAGAGUAUCAGCCCUCACAGCCAGUGUACCCAGAAGAUAAACACCAGUGGUCUCUGGACAGGGAAUCUGGUAGACAUGACAGUAUGAAUAGAGCAAGUAGGCAGGGAUCAAGGGAACCAGAGGUCAAGAGGAGCAGCUUUCCCACAUGUAUGGAGAAUGAUAGAAUACAUGAUCGUUUGUUCAAUAUUAUCAAAGAUUAUCAGCACAAAAUGAGAGAAACGCAUGAAGAUGUGGCAGUUUCUAACCCUGGGGCAAGCAAAGCGGGACCCCCUUCCUCCCAGAGACGAGUGGAAGUUACUAGAACCAUGUCUGGCAUCCCAGCGCCAUUCAGGCGCUUUCUGACAGGGGCCACUAAUGAUGAGGGACACGGUAAAAGAAAAAGAAAAAGUCGCUUCUCUGAUGCCACUGCAGAGGAGGUGGAAUUAACAAAGGAGAUGUUCAGUUAUGAAUAUGGACCUCCAAAUCCAAAGUUUGCUGGGUUUCCUAGACCAGUUAGUGUACCAUUGAGACCUGAAACCUAUGGAACACAACACCCUGACCUCUACAGAGAAUCACAGAGCCCACAUCAUACCAAAAACUACCAAAGAGAAGGCUCUGGGUCAGAGGGUGUCUUUGAUAUGCUGAAAAGCAUUGAAAUUGAGAAUGCAGAAGAAGCUGACUUCCUUAAGAACAAACUUUGCAGCCUUCUGAAAGAAUUCAAGUCCAAAAAAUCAGAAAAGGCUGUGCAAAACAGCCAAAGUCGAGCAGAUUCAGACCUUAGACGACCACAAGACUUCUGUUUCAAAGAUGAUCACAGGGGACGAGGCUGGAAGCAACAAGAGUACAUACCCGAUGAACGGCUCCACAAAUACCAGCAUCCUGUAUACGGGGAACCCGUGCACUCAAAUAGAAGCCGUUAUGAAGAGGUCUUCGGAUGUCCCAAAAUCUCUCGGACUCCACAUGCUGCCCAUCCAGAUGAGCCAGUACAUUUUCCUGAGAGGUUUCAAGAACCCAUGCACCAUCGUGACCACCGAGCUAGUGCCGAGGAGUAUUUUGACUCCCAUUCUACUUCACCUACCCUACACAUGGAACAAGAACCCAGGAUGCACAGGGGCCCCCGGUACUCCAAGAACCUGGACAAAAUAACCUCCACCCUCCUGGAACUUGUGGCAAGGAAAUAAUCACAUUUCCAUAGAUGUUCUGUAAACUAAAUAUCCACACUUAUAAUGGAAUACCUUUGUUGUGAAAACAUGAUUUAAUGUUAAAUUUUCUU